AUUUGAACAAUAACGUUUUUUAAAUAGGAAAAGAGCGUUAUGGACCAAUUACUCACCGGAAUACGUUACUUGGACAUAAGACCGUGUAUUGUUGGUAAUAAAUACUGGGUUUGUCAUGGAACUUUCGCUAUGCAGCCUCUCGACGAAAUCAUUACAAACAUUAAAGAUUUUUUGGACAACACUAUGGAAAUUGUUAUCAUCAACUUUAAAGAAUUUCCUCAAGGAUUUGAAACAUUUGAAAGUCACUCAAACUUUCUGAAUUACAUUCUUGACGAAUUUGAAGGAUAUUUUCUAGAAACGUUCCAAGCUCAUCAAAAGACUUUGGGUGAAAUUUGGAAAUCCAACAAAAGACUUAUUUUUAGUUACGUUUUUGAAUUCGAAGGUGUAAUUUAUAGAUUCUGGACAUCUGUAUAUCAGCUAUGGGGUGAUGUCAAAAACGUUGAAGAACUUGAGAGUUUUGUUAAUGAAUCUGAAAGCUCUGCCAAACUUGAAUCAAACCGUGAAUUUUCCAAAACGAACCUAAGAGCAGUGAUGGCCGAAAUAACAUUGGAUUCUUCAAUGAUAUUAGUAGAUGCUGCGCUUUCAUAUUUUGGACGCGGCAGAAAAUCACUACGCGAGCUAGCUGUUCAAACUGGACCUCUGGUGACGAUGUGGUACAAAAAGAGACACUUCAAAACGGCAAAUAUUGUAGCCGUGGACUUUAUCGAUGCUACUGGAAUCAUCGAAGUUGCCAUUUGGAGCAACAUUUACCGAGCUAAGUGCGAUAUGUCAAAUUAG